AUGCUGCUGCUCGUCGCCGCGCUCGCGUCCUUCGCCGUGCCGGGCGCCGUCCACGGCGUGCAUGCGCACCUCCUCAGCGCCGCCAUGGCCGUCCACUUCCUCAAACGCGUCCUCGAGGUGCUUUUCGUCCACAGGUACAGCGGGAGCAUGCCGCUGGCGACGUCCCUGCUAAUCGCCGGCUGCUACCUGUUCAACGGGGGCGCCAUGAUCUACGUGCAGCACCUCAGCCGGGGCCUCCCAGAGCCCUCCAUGGACCUGCUCUACCCCGGCGUGCUCGCCUUCGCCGUCGGCCUCGCCGGCAACUUUUACCACCACCACCUCCUCUCGCACCUGAGAGCCGACAGCGGCGGCGACGGCGACGACAAGAAGGGGUACAAGAUCCCUACAGGCGGCCUGUUCGGGCUCGUCACCUGCCCGCACUACCUCUUCGAGAUCCUCGCCUUCUUCGGGUUCGCCAUGAUCGCGCAGACGCUCUACGCGCUCACCGUGGCCGUGGGCACGGAGGCGUACCUCGCUGGCCGGAGCUACGCCACCAGGAGGUGGUGCUAUGGAGAUUGA